AUGCACGACUUCGCACAGACCACAACCACCACCACAAGUGAGCAAACCAUAUACGAGCACAACCAGGAGCAAAGAGCUCAAAGAGGUUGGAACGAGCUGAUCAUAUUCAACUCUCUUUUUGCUAUGCUACUCGUCUGCUAUACUCUCUGUGUGGUCACUAACCCAGGAGAGGUAAGGAAACGGUCGUGCUUGAUUUUUAGGGAGAAAAAAACUCCCACCGUGGGAAGAUCGUCUUCGAAAUCGGUGAUAGAUGCUCAAGAAAAGAAGCGAAGUGGAGCGAGGAGACACUGUAAAUGGUGUGGAAAGUUCAAACCCGACAGAUGUCAUCACUGCCGCGUUUGCAAGAGAUGUGUACUUAAAAUGGAUCACCACUGUCCAUGGAUAUACAACUGUGUUGGUUUCCGCAACCACAAGUAUUUCUUCCUCCUGCUCUUCUAUGCAACACUAGCGGCUCACUUUAUGUGGAUUACUAUGGUUGAAUCGGUAGUAGAAGAGGAGGAGCCGUUGGGACGGGUCUUCCUCCUUGUAUUCGGCAUGGUCCUCUCCUCUCUAUUCGGGCUACUACUAACAGCAUUCUUCGCUUUCCACAUAUGGUUAGCAUUCAAGGCGAUGACCACUAUAGAGUACUGCGAAAAGUCUACUAAGAAGCUUGGUUUCAGUGGGGUGGGUCAGCGGAUCGUUCAGCUGCGUCCUGAGAUGCUCGUUGCCAGUCUACUUACCAUCGUGGGUGCUACGGCGACUUUAUAG